UCAAGUGCGGCCUCAAUUAGUACAACAGCAGCAGUGAGUCGUAUGUCGUCGUGCACAGUGGAGCCAGACGAUUUACCUGCACUGCGGUACGUCUGCAUUACAUCUUCGAUAUAGAUGCAUCGACCAGUUGGUAGUGGUAAACACAUCUCGUGCACAACACGCAAUAUCGAGUCGCGAUCCCGACGAGCUCCAAUACGAUGGCCGAUCAGCGAUGUUAGGAGUGCAGUGCGUAAUUCGUAAUUAUCUCGCGUCGACGACUAAUAAAUGUUAUUCAAAGAAUAUGUGACGGACCGUCGGACGAGAGAUCUUCGCAUGUCGAGUAAAAGUAACCGUAGCAGCAGCAGCAGCAGCAGCAGCAGCAGCAGCAGCAACGGAAGCAGCAGUAGCAGUAGCAGUAGUCCAGAACAAAUAGCUUCGAAACAUGAGCUGGCUGAGAGGUAGCCCGCUGGCGAGCAGCUUCACCAAGCAACGAUCCCGAGACUCGCCGCCUAAGGAUGCCGAUCCGGUCGCUUGCUACGACAGCUUUCGCGAGCACUGGCAGCAGAGCCACAACAUUAUCGCCCACUCGACCCCCCCAAAAAAUAGACCACCUAGUCAGGACGACGUGCUGGGAGUUGUCAAUCACGUGGAUCAGAUGAUCAAUUUGCUGCAGCUGGAGAUGCGCGACUUCUCCAAUGUGCAGCAGCGUUUGCAGAUCCAGCGAAUGCAGCAGAAGAAUAUGGUGGCCACGGCACAGCUGACGGCGCAUCAUACACCCUGCCUGGAGCACUUGCUCAGUGAAAAUCUGCUCGACAAGCUGUUCGAUUGGAGCAAACACACUGGAAGGUAUGGAGCAGCGGUGAGAGUUGAACAAUUGAAGCUCUACGAGUUGUUGAUAUCACAUGACAGUUCUUUGUUGACGCAUGAACCUGUAACAAGACCACUACUACAUUUAUUGGAUGGUUGUGCGAAUGACACAAUUUUACCUGAAGUGCAAAAAAAAUUAAUAACUCUGCUAAAUUAUAUAUGCGUAGCAUUAGUACAAAAUACAGAACUAUUAGGAUUAUUCUUUAGACCUACAGCUACUGGUAAAAAUAGAUUUAUUGUAUUUUCAUUGUUAAUGUCAUAUAUCCAUAAGGAAGGUAGUUUAGGACAACAAGCACGAGAUGCAAUGUUACAUUGCAUGUCACUAUCCAAAAAGAAUGAAGAAAUCGGUAAUUACAUUGCUGAAGAGUCACAUAUUUGUUCAGUAUUAGCAACGGGACUGAGUGGUUUAUAUUCUUUACUUCCAAGAACAUUAGACAUAGAAAAUGAAGAUUGGCAUAGAUUAACAGUUGAUGAUGUCAAUGAUAUACCAGCAUUGACACAGCUUAUGAACUCACUGGACUUCUGCAAUGCAGUAGCUCAAGUUGUUCAUCCUUCUGUGCAGAAACAACUAAUGGAGUUUCUUUAUAAAGGCUUCCUCAUACCUGUUAUUGGCCCUGCUCUCUUACAGGAGUCCGUUGGUUUGACCUUGGAUGAGCUUGACUCCAUGAUUUAUCGGACAUCAGUGGAAGAACUCAUAGCGGCUACGGCAUACUUCGAUCUAUUUUUACGAUCCGUCACCGAACCUGGACUACUUGGAUUGAUCUUGAAAUUUUUACUCGAAGAGUAUUACGACGAAAAUCGAAUAUUCGAUCAUCUCAUUCAAAGGAUAUCUUCGCAGGGAUCGAGGCUGAGUCUCGUGACAUUGGCUCUGUUUGAAACCCUCGUCGAUCUCAAUUGCGAGGACGUCAUGCUGGAGCUCUGUCUCGGGGCACUGGCGCCCUGCUCGCACGUGAUGCUGUCCCAGCGGCGCCGACUGCUGCGCGAUCUCGACCCGUUCGGCCGCUGCGCCGAGCGCUUUCUUGCCCUGACGCCGUCCUGCUGCUCCUCGUCCACAGUGCCCACGGCCAUUCUCGCCGCCACGGCCGGCGUUUCGCCGGUCGCCUCGCCGGAUCUACGCCGACAGAAUAUUGCCAGUGUCAGCGUUGCGCAGCAGCAGCAGCAGCAGCAGCAGCAACAACAACAACAACAGCAGCAAUCAGCCACGAAUACGAAUGCCUUGAAAAAUACGUCGCUUGCCUUUAGAAGUCUGUACAGUAAUUACUACGCUUAUCUGAGGGAUGCCCGACAAAAGAUAGCCGCCUGUCAAAUUGCCUGCUCGACUUGGUCGCGAAAAUACGAAGACGAAGAGGAAGACACGCUCGGCGUCGAGGUCAUCGAUCCAGAUGACACCGAUAACGAGAACGGCAAUUUCGAUGAGUGUUACGAGGAAGACAGUUUGGCUUUCGAUUUGAGUCCCGAUAAAGAGUCUGAGCGUAAAAACAGUACGGACGAAAAAGUCAAUCGAAUAAUAGCCAGCUUCUCCCCAAAACCAAUAAAAACUCAAAAAGUGCAAUCGGCCAGUCAAGCGAGACACGAUAGCGUCGAAGAUAUUGCCAAACGAUUGACUCGAGAGGAACGCGAAAAACUCGAAGCCGACAUAGCCGAGCUUCUUAGCGAAUCUUGCAGCAGUACGCCGAGCGCCAAGAGUCCGUCCGACGAGUCCACCGCGGCUCUGAAUUCACUCUCUCUCAGCGGCGGCGAGAGUAGCGGCUACGAGAGUUUCGCGUGCAACAACAACAACAACAGCAGCAGCAGCAACAACAACGGCAAAGGUUUGUCGCCCCUGAGCGACGAAUUGAGCAUCAGUCCCGCCUCGAGCCAGAACCGAGUAUCGACGCAGCAGAGACGCAAAAGACUGCAGCGGAGAGAUGCCAAAGACGCUCGAUUAGAGUCGAUCGACGCCAAGCCACCGAGCGUCGGCAUAUUUUUCGACGUCGUCCUGAAAAAACUGGAAAAUAUGAUGGAAAACAACGUUUACGUGAAUUUGCAUCUGACGGGUUUGAUAAGCAGACUUGCUAUUUAUCCUCAGCCACUUUUGCAGUCGUUUUUGCUGAAUCACUCGUUGGUAUUUCAACCGAGUAUCAAAUCUUUAUUUCAGAUUUUAGCAAGUUUAAAACAUCGUAUCGAUGCCUUUAUCGCGAAACAAUCAGAUGGCAAUGUAAGUUCGUUGGUCGAGCAAGCCAGAGUAUUUUUAAUCACACGUGAAAACAGACUCGUAAAUAUAAGAAAAAACGUGCUUGAGGCUGCCGCUCAAUGUCCUAGUCCGAAAAAAAAUCAACCAAUUAACGAGUCCGCGUAUUCGAAUGCCAAUUUAACAGGGAAAGCAUCCGAGCCUAGAAAAAGAAGCUUAACAUCAUCUCUUACACAAAUGUUUAGAAAAUCAAGUAAUACUGAAACUAACUCGUCAACGGAUUCAUACAAUAACAAUCACAAUGCUUCUUCUCUUACAGUAGAAAAUGAAAACAGAAAUGGCAAUGUUAAAUACAUAAAACACGUGAAUUCUUGGGAAGCUCCAAAUAAAAUAAGUCGUUUGCAAAACGUCAUACUAUGUGCAGUUAUUUUAGAUGAAUGGCUGAAAGAAUUGGCCGCCAUAACUCAAGAGCACACGAUCGUCAGUUGGUUUUGCGCUGCAUCAGUUACAGAUGGUUCCCAGAACGAAGAUUUAGAUUAGAUAAUUUAAAAAUAUUACGCAUUCGUCCAUGAAAAGUCAAUGAAAGAAAAUAGUAAUAUCAAGUUCAAAGAUACUUAGCAAUCGUAAAUUUAUCUACCUGUAUGUUAAUUGUCAAAAAUGUAUGUGAAUAGUGUAGAUUGUAGUGUACAGUUGUAAAAUUUGGUUUUAAUAAGAUUUUAUUUAGAGUUGUCUUGUUUUGUAGAUAAUGUUACGAUUUUGUUAAAAUAUGUGUACAUAUUUUAUUUUUUAGUAUUGCAAUGAACUCUGCAUGUAAUAUUUACUGCAACAGCGUAAGAGCAAAGACAUCUUUUCCAAUUAUUUCUAUUAUAAAGCAAUUUUAUAAGAGUUUAUUAAUGAAAAAAAGCAAGUGCCAAAAUUCAAGAGUAAAUUCAUAUUUUUGGCAUUCGUACAAACUCAACAAUAAAUACUUCCUGUAAAUAGAUAAAUAUUAUCUAUUGAACGCGAACGAAAUUUACGAACAAUGAAUUCAUUAUUCAUUAGAGAAAAAACUUAAAGUCCAAAGUGUUAGACUGUUUGUUAAUUAAAGUCAAAUGUUGGUAGGUCACGCUUACCCUUCGAGGUUCGAGAGUCAAAACUUUUAUUACGAACUGUGUAAAUGUAGAUUUGUACUGUGUAAACAUGUAGUUAGAUGAUUUUAUAUCUAGCACUUACUUGUAUUGUGUGGUUGCCUGUAAUUAUGAUUAAUUAUGGCACUGGUAUUGUACCUUGGCUCUACAUUUUCGAUGCUUGUCUCAUUUGAUAUUCAAUAUAUGUGAACUUAUAAUUUUACUUAUCAAAAUGGAAAAAAUAUUCGUUUUUUCAAAGAUGAAUCAAUAUAAGAAGAUUAUUGAUAUAAUUUAUAUUUUUGUAAAAAAGUUUACCAUUUGAAAAAAUGUACAUUAUUUUAACGUAUGUUACUUUAAGUCUGUUGCAAUCCAAUCGUCUUCGACUAUUUGUCAGGUAAACUUACCUCUACAGCAAAUAGAGUUUUAUUACUUUCGUCAUAAUAAAAAUCAAAAAUGAAUUAAAGAUCUGCAAUGAAUCCGUAAUACUUUGGUUUGAUUUUAAUUGUUUCAAGACCAAGA